AUGUCCGUUUCGACCAGUUUGAACUCUGCCUCCAUUCAUUUGAGUAGCAUGGACGCACAUCCUCAGCUGCAUUCGCUUUCUCGCCAGCCACUCUUAGUGCCAGCUUCUAUGUCCAACGAGGAAGCCCAGGAGUCUUCGGUUUCACCGCCAUCUUCAUCUUCGUCAUCGAUCUCAGGAGCGGCACAUGCGUCUGCCAAGAACCCAAGCAAGAACCCUUCCUCUUGGGACCCUCAAGAUGACUUGCUCCUACGCCAUUUGAAGGAGGUCAAGAAGAUGGGCUGGAAAGACAUUUCGCAGUACUUCCCUAACAGAACCCCCAAUGCGUGUCAGUUCAGAUGGAGAAGGUUGAAGUCUGGCAACUUGAAAUCAAACAAAACGGCCUUGAUCGACAUCAAUACCUAUACAGGCCCGAUCAAGAUCACGCACAGCGCUGACGGUUGCAACUCUCAGCAAAAGUUCAACAAGACGGUAGGUGAAAAGGUCUUGACAGAAGAAGCUGGCGAGGCCACCGCGAUGAGGUCCGUCCCGAUCCCCUCCAGAAAGACCUCGCUGCCUUCUUUUCACGCAUCCAUGUCAUUUUCUCCACCUCCGUCGAAUACGACUGCUAACACAACUGUCUCGAACGUAGCUUCUUCCAUGCCGUUCGUUCCUCCUGCACCACCAGCUGCUGCACACCCUUACCACUCUCACCAACACCUACAUCAUCAUCCUCAUCACAAGGCCUUAAAACCAAGAUCAAACUCUCACUCUUUUUCCAAUUCUUUGAACUCAGACCCUAUAGUUCGGUCUAAUGACGAGGAAAAGUAUGGGUUCAUUCCCAAGGUAUUUGUUAGAUCUAGAAGAAGUUCAUUUGUCUACCCACAACAGGGAGCAAUGGCCACCACUCCAUCUUCCCCAAGCUCCUCAAAUGUGUUACUAAACCCGAAAUCGAGAAGAGGCUCACUUGCCAACUGGUCUAGAAGAUCCUCGUUCAAUAUUUCGAGCAACAACACUUCAAGACGGUCUUCGGUCGUUUUGGCUCCAAAUUCUGUGUCAAACAUUUUCAAUACCAACAACAGUAGUAGUAACACCACUAGCACCACUACCUCUAAUAGUAACUCAAGAAGAGAGUCUGUUAUUAAAAAGGAAUUUCAACAAAGGCUAAACCUUUUCGGUAACAGUGGCUCAUCUACCCCUAGUAAUGGAACUCCUUUCCCCACUACUUACACUUUUAUGGAUCUUCCACAUACUUCGUCUGUGUCAUCAUCCUCCACACUACACAAGUUCAAAAGAGGUUCGUUUUCUGGGCAUUCUAUGAAGUCAUCUUUUAAUCCGGCCAAUUUGUGGUCCAAGGAUGAAGAUGCCUUGUUAAUGGAAAACAAGAAGAGAAACCUAUCUAUUAUGGAACUAUCCAUUCUUUUGCCGCAGAGAACUGAAGUAGAAAUUCAAUGGAGGCUUAACGUCCUAUCAAAUGAGAACGACGUGUUGUCUCCUACGCAUUCGCCGCAAAGAACUAUAUCCAAGAAAAAUGGUUCAAGAAUGUUUAAAACUGAUUCCACUACUGAUGAUGAGAAACGCAGCGACAGGAAUGAUGACGAAGAUAACGUGGACCCGUUACAUCGCUCCAAGGAUUUUUGUAACAAGACUGCCUUUUCGUCUAGCAGUUCCAAUUUAUCCUCAAAGGACGCUUCACCGAAUCCAAUUUUUUCGCCAAAUCCAGCAGACGACUCAUCGAAUACAUCGGACGCUGGUUCAAGAUGCACUAUAAACACCGAGACUAGUACCUCAAAUGUGAACGUGAGUCGCACUCCUAACUGCAAGAACCCGCAAGAUAUUACAUUGUUGAACAACUUUCGUCCUGAGGCUAUGACGCCAAGACCAAAACCUUCUUCCACAACUACAUCUAUCACUACUGAAACCACCAGUAACAUGGUAAACCGUUCCAGUUCUACAACUACUACCACUAACAAUAGUCCGCUCCCAAGCAUCAAUACUAUCUUCAAGGAUAUGCUGUGA